AUGCUCAAAAGGCAACGUCCUGUAACGCCUCCGCCAUUGCUGGACGAGAUUCCAUCGUUAAUGCCGUUCCCUGAUCGACCUAUCAGACCCAUACCACACCAUGAGACUCCUCCAGACAUGUUUCCACAUGGAUCGCUUGCUAAAAGACGCAGAAUACACCCUCCAGUACUAGACGGUGCACAGAGAGGCUGGGGUAAACCACCUCCUUUAUUCAUGCCUCACACAGAUGAUAGCGAUGGCGAAGAAGAUUGGAUAGAUGGAGAGAAUGACGCGGAAUCUGGUCACUUCUCGGAAUCACCGGACUAUACAGAAUACAGGCAGGCCAAUACUAUGCUACACGAAAUGCAUGCCCUCCACCAGCACAGGCUUAUGUUUAUCCAACCGAACUCGCAACCACCGUCACAUCUAUAUUUGCCUCCGCACGCAGACUUCUCAGCCUCUCCACCGCCUAUGGCCACCCAUCCACAUAAUCUUUGGCAAUCUACUCAUGGAAUUCGCCAUUCUCCUUCUAUUUCCUCCAACGGGAAAUUAUUUAUACCAACACUGCCGGAAUGCCCUUUGCCUGAGUUCUAUUCCCAUCUUCCCCAUGCGGCACAAACCCAUACUGAACCGGCUGCGCAAGCCCCGUUGGAUUUUCACGAAGUCAAGUCUGUGAGAGAACGUUACGAGGAUACCAAUAAAUUACUGGGAUCAGUAUUCCUCUCCCGGAGACGGGAACUUCAAGAAGGCCCUCAUUCCAGUACUCCUGUCAUGGAGCGAGGCCACAGUGACUAA